AUGCCGCGAGAUAUUCUCGAUGCAAUCUUGCCUCAUGCCAGCACACUUGAGAGCCUUUACCUCAACAUAGAUGACUUUCAGGAUAAACAAGUGGAUGAUCCACAGAGGCUUCACAUGGGCACCGACCUUCGCCAAAUGCAUUCACUGAAGAGGCUUACAAUCGGCAUGCAGGAACUUCUUGGCAUCCAUGCAUCGGCGCUGUUAGAUUACAAUAAAGCUACUGGCCAGCUACCGCCAAGUAGUCCUGCUCUCCUUGAUUGUCUUCCCGAGAACCUGGAAUUUCUCUUGAUCCAUUCUUGUGGAGGCGGGAUUAUUAUAGACCAAGUACACAGCCUAUUACAUGCUAUCACGCAAAGUGGGCGUUUCAACAAACUCACUUACUUCGGUAUAUUGUUCAAUGGCUGGCGAGAAGAUGUUCCGAACACUGUGGGAUAUAUGGAUGAUCACCCCGAUUUGGACAACGACAUGAUCGCUGUCCAUGAGUACAAGUCUCUGGAGUUCGAUUUGGGGUUCCAGACAUACACUGCCUAUCACCAUGAUUUGACUUCCAAGUUCAACAAUCGACCGAGCAAUUUGAUGUCUCGCAUUUACGCCCCACACAUCAGAAAUCUUUACCGGGAGCGACGGAUGAGUCCCCAGUACGUGGAUGCUGAAUUUACAUACAGCGACGUGCCCUUCGAGGAGUAG